AUGCAGGCUGGUGUACCAGAGGCAGGCUGGAGUACCAGGCAGGCUGGUGUACCAGAGGUGCAGGCUGGUGUACCAGAGGUGCAGGCUGGUGUACCAGAGACGCAGGCUGGUGUACCAGAGACGCAGGCUGGUGUACCAGAGGUGCAGGCUGGUGUACCAGAGAUGCAGGCUGGUGUACCAGAGACGCAGGCUGGAGUACCAGACACGCAGGCUGGUGUACCAGAGGUGCAGGCUGGUGUACCAGAGGUGCAGGCUGGUGUACCAGAGACGCAGGCUGGAGUACCAGAGACGCAGGCUGGUGUACCAGAGGUGCAGGCUGGUGUACCAGAGGUGCAGGCUGGUGUACCAGAGACGCAGGCUAGAGUACCAGAGACGCAGGCUGGUGUACCAGAGGUGCAGGCUGGUGUACCAGAGGUGCAGGCUGGUGUACCAGAGACGCAGGCUGGUGUACCAGAGACGCAGGCUGGUGUACCAGAGACGCAGGCUGGUGUACCAGAGACGCAGGCUGGUGUACCAGAGACGCAGGCUGGUGUACCAGAGAUGCAGGCUAGUGUACCAGAGGUGCAGGCUGGAGUACCAGAGGUGCAGGCUGGUGUACCAGAGGUGCAGGCUGGUGUACCAGAGGUGCAGGCUGGUGUACCAGGGAUGCAGGCUGGUGUACCAGAGGUGCAGGCUGGUGUACCAGAGACGCAGGCUGGUGUACCAGAGACGCAGGCUGGUGUACCAGAGACGCAGGCUGGUGUACCAGAGAGGCUGGAGUACAGAGACUGGUGUACCAGAGACGCAGGCUGGUGUACCAGAGGUGCAGGCUGGUGUACCAGAGGUGCAGGCUGGUGUACCAGAGGUGCAGGCUGUUCUAGAGUGCAGGCUGGUGUACCAGAGGUGCAGGCUGGUGUACCAGAGGUGCAGGCUGGUGUACCAGAGGUGCAGGCUGCUGUACCACAGAUACAGGCUGCUGUACCAGAGGUGCAGGCAAGUGUUCUAGAGAUGCAGGCUGGUGUACCAGAGACGCAGGCUGGUGUACCAGAGACGCAGGCUGGUGUACCAGAGACGCAGGCUGGUGUACCAGAGACGCAGGCUGGAGUAACAGUCUCACCCCAGGACGACGGGUCGUCUCCAUGGGUCUCACCCCAGGACGACGGGUCGUCUCCACGGGCCUCACCCCAGGACGACGGGUCGUCUCCAUGGGUCUCACCCCAGGACGACAGGUCGUCUCCAUGGGUCUCACCCCAGGACGACGGGUCGUCUCCAUGGGUCUCACCCCAGGACGACGGGUCGUAUCCAUGGGUCUCACCCCAGGACGACGGGUCGUCUCCACGGGCCUCACCCCAGGACGACGGGUCGUCUCCAUGGGUCUCACCCCAGGACGACGGGUCGUCUCCAUGGGUCUCACCCCAGGACGACGGGUCGUCUCCAUGGGUCUCACCCCAGGACGACGGGUCGUCUCCAUGGGUCUCACCCCAGGACGACGGGUCGUCUCCAUGGGUCUCACCCCAGGACGACGGGUCGUCUCCAUGGGUCUCACCCCAGGACGACGGGUCGUCUCCAUGGGUCUCACCCCAGGACGACGGGUCGUCUCCAUGGGUCUCACCCCAGGACGACGGGUCGUCUCCAUGGGUCUCACCCCAGGACGACGGGUCGUCUCCAUGGGUCUCACCCCAGGACGACGGGUCGUCUCCAUGGGUCUCACCCCAGGACGACGGGUCGUCUCCACGGGCCUCACCCCAGGACGACGGGUCGUCUCCAUGGGUCUCACCCCAGGACGACGGGUCGUCUCCAUGGGUCUCACCCCAGGACGACGGGUCGUCUCCAGGGGCCUCACCCCAGGACGACGGGUCGUCUCCACGGGCCUCACCCCAGGACGACGGGUCGUCUCCAGGGGCCUCACCCCAGGACGACGGGUCGUCUCCAGGGGCCUCACCCCAGGACGACGGGUCGUCCCCACGGGCCUCACCCCAGGACGACGGGUCGUCCCCUCGGGCCUCACCCCAGGACGACGGGUCGUCCCCUCGGGCCUCACCCCAGGACGACGGGUCGUCCCCUCGGGCCUCACCCCAGGACGACGGGUCGUCCCCUCGGGCCUUAGCAUUUGGCAUUAUGACGCUGUGA